AUGUGGAAGAAGCUAAGGGCUCCAGAUAAUAAAGGUUUCAGAGAAGGUUGUAUUCUAUCGCCGAUUUUAUUCAACAUCAUUCUGGACUACAUACUGAAAAGACUGGACAGGCUUGAGGAUCUUGAAAAAAGCGUGGCCCCGCUGGAUACGCAUGAUGCAGAAUAUGCAGAUAAGACAUAUCUAAUGUCUAAAUGUUUUCUGAUGAUAAUCAUUGAUAACAAUAUUGAUAACAGUAUUCUAGAUUAUAGAAAACAAGUAAAACAGGCACAAUACGCAAAAAUGUACAUUUACGUUUACAAAAAUGGAAUAAAACUGAAUAAAAAUAAAAGUAUCAAACCGGGAUUGGUAUGA